AGCAGAAGGCAGUUCAGAAAUGUGUGCUCCACCAAACGGACAACAAAACCUUAAUCCGAGUUUUUCCAUUGUAACUUUUCCGCGCGCCUACCGGGGCAGGAUCCCUGGUCUUAUUUGACGCUGACGCACGGCACAGGACUAUUCCCCGUGGACCACACCAGGCUUCAAUGGUGCGUAGGGCCGGAGAGAACGGCGCGGAGUACCGAUGACGGUUUGGGCAUCUCCGAUGGGCUGGCACAUGCCGUAUCGGUUGACAGGUGUAAGACUGGAAGUCCUUGUUCUGUCAGCAUGGCUACUGUUGCUGCCCAGCGCCGCACAACCAGACAGUGGCAUUUGUCCAAAGAUAAGAAUAGGAGAAGAUGACCUCCCAGGGUUUGACUUGAUAACACAAUUUAGUAUAAAUGGCGGGCGGCCGCUGCCUGGGGUUCGAAAAGUCAAGGGCUCCAGCGAUUUUCAAACAGCCUAUCGUAUUACAAGACAAUCAGAUGUACGUGUCAGUACGAGAGAGGUGUAUCCCAACGGACUACCUGACGAGUUCUCUUUCGUCUCCACAUUCCGGAUGUUGGGCACGACCAUCAAGGAGAAGUGGGACUUGUGGAGAAUCAACAACGCGCAGAACGAGAGACAAAUGGGGCUCCGCCUGGACGGGGAGAACGAAUCCAUCGAGUUCACGGCUCUCGGGAGAAACGGGGAGCUCCAAACUGUGACCUUCUCAAACGUGCCCAUCUUCGACAGAAGAUGGCACAAGCUGCUACUGUCCGUCCGAUUGGACGGCGUCACUCUCUACCUGGAUUGUAAACAGUUCGACGACUUUCCCUUUGGACCAAUAGGAGAAAUUGACCCUUCGGGGGAGACGACGAUUGGACGGCGGGUUGAUGACGAGGAGUCUGCCUCCGUCCUGUUUGAACUUCAGUGGUUACUAAUUCAUUGCGAUCCGUCAAGAGCCGAGAGAGACACAUGUGAAGAAUUACCGAGUUUAAGUCUCGAGCAGGAAGAACUAUUCGACAAAGAGGAUUUUUGCCCGAGACAAUGUCCGGCUGGUCCCGCCGGCGCGAACGGGUCCAGGGGCGCUCCGGGCAUACCCGGCCCUCCCGGUCCCAUAGGCCCAGCUGGCCCGCGGGGCCCCGGUGGGCCACGUGGAUUUCCUGGCGUACCUGGCAACAACGGACAAAAGGGCGACAAGGGGCACCUGGGCCUGCCCGGGUUACCUGGGUCUCCAGGACCGAAGGGUGAACGGGGGGUCCCGGGGUAUCCCGGUGAUGCAGGUGAUCAGGGGCCGCCAGGUUUGACGGGUCGUGCCGGAGUACCAGGGUUUCCAGGUCAGAAGGGAGACCGCGGAGACACGGGAGCAAGGGGACCACCUGGGGACUCGACUUUAUCUAAGGGAGAACCGGGCGACCAAGGAAGGCGUGGAUUUCCCGGGGAACAAGGGCUGCCGGGAUUGAAGGGGCAUAAGGGUGAACGAGGGCUAGUCGGUAGACCAGGGCUGGAUGGAAACGACGGCUCACGGGGUGUGCGGGGCGUCAUGGGACCGCCUGGCCCCAGGGGACCGGCCGGCCCUCCAGGACUCCCGGGUCCUCCCGGUGCUCCCAUGAUUCUUCCACCUGACAUGGAGGGGAGCGGCAUCCAGAGAAUACAAUGGCUGCGGGGCCCACCGGGACCACCCGGACCUCACGGCCUUCCCGGGCCCCCUGGCUUCCCCGGGCCGAAGGGUCACAAAGGAGACUCAGGAGACAACGGCAUUCCGGGGAAGAAUGGGUUUGAUGGACAACCCGGACCCAUGGGUCUCCCUGGGGCACCUGGUGUGGACGGACGAGCUGGACCACAGGGGCCAAGGGGUGACAAAGGACCGGAGGGACAGAAGGGGCAAAAGGGUAACCCGGGGGCUAUGGGUCUGAUGGGACCGCCAGGUGAACAGGGCAUGCGUGGUCUUGAUGGAGAGAGGGGAAGUAUGGGACCACAAGGCCUCAAAGGAACGAAGGGUGAACCAGGCAGGAGGGGCGGAAACGGAAUGAUGGGACCCAAGGGAGAACCUGGGAUGAAUGGAGUACCAGGCAGAGACGGCAUGAAUGGAUUCCCAGGUUUGAAGGGAGAGGCUGGGCCUAUCGGACCAUCGGGUAUCACUGGAGACAAGGGUCCUAUGGGUGUACCUGGACAACCAGGACCCAUUGGGCCAGUUGGACCCAAGGGAAACCCUGGCCUGAACGGAAACCAAGGACCAGUGGGACAACGAGGACCUACAGGUGUUCAAGGCCCUCCUGGUAUUGAUGGAAUUGAUGGGGAGAGAGGUCCAAUGGGAUACCCAGGAGAAAAGGGAGACAGAGGCCCCCAGGGUAUUGUGGGACCAAUUGGUCCUGCAGGCUUGGCUGGCCCCAUGGGUAUGCCAGGACAGAAAGGUGACAUGGGUGAUCCUGGACCAAGGGGAAUGAGGGGGCCUACAGGAAGGGAUGGCUCCAAGGGAGAGCCUGGAAUGCCUGGUCUGGAUGGUAUCCGAGGGGCAAAGGGUGAUAUUGGUGGCAUUGGACCCAGAGGAAAGGAAGGACCAAAGGGAGAUGCAGGCUCAGUAGGCCCUGUCGGUGCCACGGGUAUGCCUGGACAGUCUGGACCAGCUGGACCUCGGGGACCUCCGGGUGUGGAGGGUUCUCGCGGUUUCCCUGGAUCACAAGGGCCGACGGGACAACCAGGAAGAUCACCAUCAGAAGAGGAAGUCCUGAGGAUAUGUGAGAGGGCCAUUGACAGUCACAUGAAGAUGUUGGCAGCAAACCUAGCCCAGCAGGCUGCCAAGCGCACGGUGGUGAUGACCCGCCCUGGACCACCCGGCCCGCCGGGCCAGCCUGGUCCUACCGGAGAGCGCGGGCCCGUCGGGAUAUCAGGGCCACCUGGACCACAGGGAAAUCCUGGCAUGCCGGGAGACAGAGGAUCCAUUGGACCAUCAGGGCCCCAAGGCAUGCCAGGAGACCGCGGAGAGCCAGGCUACGGAAUACCAGGUCCGAUCGGAGCACCUGGGAGAGCAGGACGGAAAGGAGAGACUGGCAUCGGUGUCCCCGGCAACCCCGGCCCCCCUGGUCCCAUCGGCCCCGUCGGUGCUACAGGAGCACUCGGCCAGCGUGGGCCCCCUGGCAGCCCUGGAGUGUGCGAUCCCAUGUCCUGCCUAGGCCUCUCACCGAUCAUGUCCAACAACAAGAAUAAAAAAGGGCCUGGGAAAUAACUGACAAAUCCCAACAUAGGACAGCUGCCUCAGCAUUGAAUGACACCUUGAUUUCAUUGGUUGCAGUUUCAUAGGCAGGCAGCCAAUGAGGACGUAGGACAGGAUGUCAAUCAAAGAUGAAGUAGGAAAGAGAGUUGAUUAGUACAGGAGUAACAAAGCUGUUGACGUGAGUUAUGAGUAGGUUUUACUGAUUGAACUAUGGUGCUACUUCCAUAUAUAUUAGUCAGUUUUCCAAGUUUGCCUUUUAUGGUGCUUUGUACAUAACAUUGUAGAGAAAGGUAACACAUUUAGCAUGUGUGAGAGAAGUGGUGUAGUUCGAUGAUAUUAUCACAAAACUGUCAGUGGAGAACAUGACAUGCAAGAGAACCUGCUAUCAAAUAAGUUCUUUUUCUGCUGCCUUCUCUAUACCCUUUGUCAACUGAACCAUUCACCUUACUCUUGUCCCUUUAGACUACUGUACCCAUAGCUUUGCAACAUCAAUUGUUUUCAACACCAUAUAUUGCUGAAAAUGGUUAAUGCUCACACAACAUAAUUGUGACAAAUAUGACCAUGGCAUCUGAUAAGAGGGCUCUCUGUCUUAUGCGUACCAUGUUCUAAGAUCAUUCACAAACGUUUAUGGUCACAAAAUGAUCUAUCUAGUAUUGGUGGUAAGUACUCCAUGCUGUGCAGAGUAAACAUCAAGAAGGUCCUCCCCAUACACAAAGGAUUGGAGACCCUUGAAAGUGGUAUGUAAUGCUAGAUUGGUGCCAAACUAAAGCAUUAGCAAGGCAUUAAACACCUUGCCAAAGGGAAGUUCUUACCUUUGAAAGCUCUCUAACUUUUUCAAUUUUAAAUAGACAGACACUUUCAUGGUCCUCAUGGUGUCGUGCCUUUAAAAAGAUCUGCAUACAGUCAUGACAUACAUGUAUUUACAGAGGUCUAUGCACAUACAUGUAAUGAACUAGAUAGAUUGUGGGCUGAACUCCAGACUCCAUUUCUUGUGCUCCAUUCUGUAGUCAUAGUACAGGUCAUCUAUACUCAAAAAUGCAUGCUACGGUGUGUUGCCUUUAUUUUUUCUAUUGUUACUACUUUCUCUUUGAAUAUAUGUAAAGUUGUUUAUUCUUGUUGUAAGAAUUAAUGGAGAUAUAUUAUCUGUAGUAUACAUGAAUGGCUUAGAGAGAGAAAACCAUUCAAGGUGCAUUAAUCUAUAAUCAUGACAAUGUUGUAGUAUCCACCCUCACUACAUUUCAAAGUUCACUUAGUUUUGAACAGUUUAGACCUGUAGCCUAUGAAACGUAUCUCAAAUGCUUUAUUACAGGCACAUGUGAUUCAGUAUUGCUUAUAGUGGUGGCAUGUAUUAUUAUGGUAACAAAGCUUCUGUCUGUUAUAGGAUGGUUUUUGGUGGAAUUUAAUGCUGAUAAAUCACUAGUGCUGUUAGUGGAUGCAAGAACAUUUACAACUUUGGUUGUACCAUGUACUUGCAUGAUAAUAGAGGCAGUUUCACCAUUGCUGUGUCAAGACAUUGGUCAGACAAGGUUUUUCACUUUUAGUAGGAGCAAUCUUUUAUGGCCUGUUAGACAUGGAUGGAUACACCCACCUUAUCAAUGUCAAUUAGCAAAGCUGUUUGAACAAAUUUUUGUAUGCUAAUUAGAGCAUCAAAUAAAUCAUGUUACACCAGGCACAAGUGUAUAUUGACCACAGGCAGUAAGAUACAGGUCUUCACUGGUAAGGAUGUUACUGUUAGCUAUCAUCAUCACACACAUCGUUAGGCCAGUUAACCCUCUCCCUGCUGACUUCUGCUGUAACCAAUACAAACUUGGGUGCAUUGAUGAACCCACAGCAGGGUGGGGGUUAAGUAGUGACAUCAAUUCAGCCAUUCAUCUUCAUCAUUCUGGGAACAUAUUUUUCUAUCAUUUUGUAUCAUUUGACGGGGACUCAUUAUUUGGAGACUAAUCUAUCUUAAUGAUUGUUAUUGCUAUAUGUGUACUUAACUUGAUCUGGGACGUGCUUGCCAGUGGGCUUUUGUUACCAUGUAUGUGGGAUAUAUCUUGGCAUUACAUUAGUAGUAGGAUGGGUGGACGUGCCUUUUGUAAAGCAUUAAAAUCUAGUCUUUCUUUUCUUUCCUUUCA